UUGUCAAUGAUUUCGUCAAUAAUAAAUGUUUUGUUUUCAUUUUAAAAUUAUCUCAGUAUUGUUGUUUUACUGUUAAAUUGAUCGCCUUUCUCGUCUAAAGUAAUGUGAAUAGGAUUAAUAGAGUUAUAUCGUGUUUUUACUUUUAUAUUUGUCGAAAAAAUGGAACCCGACCCUACCCUAUCGUCUGAUGAUAGCUGCGACACAGAAACGUAUAUAAAAAAUCAAUUAACUGAGUUUGGCUUGAAUGAAGAAAAUCUCAGCAAAGAAGAGAUGCUUGAUCUCUUAAAAGCUUUGAAGAACUCUAAAGACUCGGCUAAAGAGAAUGAACUGCUAAGGCAAAAGGCAGAGGAGAAUCCUAGAGACAGUCCUCCGAAGAACUCCAUGAAAAGGCGGUAUUUGAAUGUUAAAGACAGACGCAUGCCCUGGAGUCUGCUACCAAACACUUUGACUCAGGCAGAAAAAGCCAGAACUUUAGCAGUCUAUAUAAAACUAAUGUCAAUAAACAGCUAUCGCCAAGCCCGACAGUCUGCUACCUUCGCUAGCUGGCCACCACCAAUCCAAAUAAUAGAGGAAACCACAAGGGUUCAGCCUCUUAGGUCCACUCGGAGUGGUCGUUCAGUGCCUAUUUAUGCUGGGUUUGAUGAUGAUUCUUCUGAUUUAGACUUUGUAAUCACAAAAACAAAGAAAAGGAAGGUGUCCAAUAGUGACAAAGACAAUGCCAAUGAUGGUGUUUAUUCAAAUAAAGUUGUCAGUCUGAAACGGAAAUCUAAGGAGGAGAACUCACGGCCUGUCAAGGAAGCCAAGGUCAACACUGACGACACCGCUGAUUUUGAAUCAUUUGCUCUAGUCAAUAAUUUAAAACCAAAAAGGAAUAUCUUGGCAAUUGAAGACUGACUUGUGAGAUAUAAUUUUAAAUUCCAUAUUUUUAAUGAUAGGCGUUACGUUUGUAAGAUGUCUUAAAGGUCAACAGAUAUUUACACUGAUUUGGUGUUAUGAUGCAGAUAUUAUGUCUAUAUUGACUUGUAUAGGCACUUACUCGUUUUUGCUAUAAUGUGGACAGUAAUAAAUAAAUUAUUAUAAUGAUCAUCAUUUAUUGUAUAAAUUAGACAUUACAUGUUACAUAUUAAAGAGCUCAUACCUCCAUUAGAAGUAAUUUUGGAUGAGAUGUUUUUAUGACUGAUAAAGAUGAUUUGAAGGCAAAAGAGAUGAAAAUUAAGAUUCCAAGUAUGAAAGAGCUCAUACCUCCAUUAGAAGUAAUUUUGGAUGAGAUGUUUUUAUGACUGAUAAAGAUGAUUUGAAGGCAAAAGAGAUGAAAAUUAAGAUUCCAAGUAUGUUGGAAGUAUGUGCAGAUCACUGCCAGUAAUUUUGAAUCCCAAUACAUAAUAAUUAUUGAGUUUUUUUCAUUGGAGAGCAUGAAACUUUUUAUGUUGUAUAGAGGUAGGUAAUUUAAUUUUUAAUUGUAAACUUCUUCACAUCAUUACAUUAAGUGAUUUGUUAUAGGGGUUAAAGUAUGAAAUGCAGAUUUUUUCUUCAAUAUUCAUUAAUAAUUCUUUUAAUUUAAUAAAGUAGUCUUUCAAGGAUCAUAUCCUUGAAAUGAAGUUUAGCUGUAAAUAUUAUAUUUACAGCUAGUGUUUUUCACUGGAAAUAAAUCUUUAAUAACUAAAUAAUUCAUUUAUUUACAGGUAUCAAAUUUAGCUUUCAGAAUUUCAUAAAACUAAGAUUGUUGUCCCUGAAAAAAUUGCAAAAAUAUUUAUAUGGAAAAAUGAGUUUUCGUUAAAUUCUUUAAAACUGAAUUUUCAUACUUUAACACCUAAUAUGAUACUUUAAAGAUUCAAAAUUUAUUUAUCAUAUAUUUAUAAAACGCAAAUUUGUUUUAAGUUUUAUAGUUUUUAAAAUAAAAGGCCAUGUAUAUUUGUUUUAAAAAGAGUUCUUUAAAAAUAUCUCUUGUGUAAAAUUUUGUGAGAACCUUUAGUGUUUUAAAAUAUAUUAUUGUGUCUGUAAUGUAUUUACGAUACCUAUACCUAGUUGCUGCACUAUAAGCAAGCAUACCAGGAUUAUUAGUAUUAUACUAUUAUAAUUUGGAGGCCAUAAACAAAAAGCCUAUCCUAAUUACCGCAUUUUGACUAGCAACAUGGUUGUUAAAUUAUUUCUAGGUGCUUCUUUGCUUCCUGAGAUGCGUAAUGAUUUAAAAAAAAGCAACAUUUAGUUUAGGUUCUCUAGGUAUCUACAAAUAUUUGAUCUGUAAACAUAAGGCGUAGAUGGUGUGAAUAACAUUUUGAAAUAAAAAAUGGCUUGUAAAA